GAACAUUUGUAUCCGCUUUCACUGUGCUGUGCGGAGCCCGGACCGACCUCCCUGACAGGCACAUGUGUUGUGUCUUCUGGCUGAACAUUGCUGCUGCUCUGAUUCAGAUCCUGACGGCGAUCGUGAUGGUUGGCUGGAUUAUGAGUAUAUUCUGGGGGAUGGACAUGGUCAUUCUUGCAAUUUCACAAGGCUACAAGGAACAGGGGAUCCCACAGCAGCUGUAG